GCGAUUUAUUAAGUAAAGAAGACGGCUCUUCUAACGAAGCCGCCCAUAAUCACAGUAGGAAAGACAUUUGUGUGAGGGACGUGAGGGCUAACCACGGUGCAGUUAAACAGCAACAUCCAAGUACCGUUGCUGCGCGCAGUUAGGGAUGCCUUCGCGGUCAAAAAGUGAAGGCGCGGAACGAGGCGGCGCGAAGGCGGCACCGCCAACUGCAAAUCGGCAAAGCAAAGGUUUCCAGGUACUCGUGCACGGUGUGCUGGAGGGUGCGGAGUGUGUCGAAGUUGGUGCGAUGUUUGCCCGCACCCAGCUUUUUUUCGGCUCCGACUGGUCCUUCCUGGAGAGCAGCGGGGGAUACGGCGAGGAUGUGGACGACGAGGAGGAAGGCGAUAUCGUGGUGCCGACCUACAGCAACGACGCGGAGGUGGUCACGCAGUUAUCAGACUGCUGCAAAGGCCCCAUCCCAUACUUCAGCUUCACCGCCCCAUUUGAGUUUGCGCUGACGAGCACGAACCCGUUCGGGUGGCCACAGCUGGUCAUCACCUUUCAUACGGUGGAGGGUGCGGGCGGGCACGUUGACAAGGAUGGCCACGAAAGCGACAAGCAGCUGCUCGGGAGUGGCGAGUCGAUCAUUGGCUACGGACGGUGCUACAUUCCGAUGAAAAGUGGCUAUUACACGAAGGACGUGCCCAUGAUGCAGCUGGAGAACGCGACCUCGCAGCAGGCCAUUAUUGGCUUGCUUACUCGCGAAAAGCCUGUGCUGCGCGAUCUUUCCUAUCUUUGCACGGGAGACGAUCAGGUGAUGCUGCGAGCGCGUCCGCUGGAAGGGUACGCGAGGGUAAACUUUUCUGUGAUGGUCAACGGCAUGGAGUCGUCUGGGUUUGAAGCGUAA